CACUGUAAGCCAGAAACGCAACGUUUUGUACCAUAGUUACAAGAGAAGUCGGAAUCAAAAAGCCAUUGAAACACACAAUUUUAAUGCCGGAAUAUCAAGCUAUUUAAUCCAUUAAAAACACUCAUCUCGCAUCGGGCAUAAUAAUCCAAACAUAAUUGAUUUUAUGUUUAUAUUUGGGUGCAGUGCGCGUUUGAGUCAUUGUGUGUGUUGUGUGCGUUCGUGCGACGCCCAAGAGAGCGUGAGAGAGAGACUUGUGUAUGUGUGCGGGCGAUGCUUUGCAUUCCACAUAAACAAAUUUGAAUUACAGCAAGAGUUCUUGAAGCAACUUAAAUUAGCUUAAUUCACGAUCAGGCCCAGACCCAAGAUGUCGUACUCAGCGGAGCGUUCGCUCUCCUAUCUUUAUCCUUUUGCGAUCGUGUCCUCUGUGAUCUGCUGCAUCACCUCGGCUGUGGCAUGGUCACAUUGGCGUUACGUACUGAACGCCUGUCCUGACACAAACUGCGGCUGCGUGCUGCAUAGCCGAAGCACCUACAACAGCUUUGAGGGCGGGAACAUCGCCUACUGCCACUAUGCCACCUACGGACUGCUGCUGCCCCUGAUCUUCGCAGUGGUGUUGGGUAUCUACCAUGGCUAUCGGAUGUGCAUUGGGAAGGGUCAGCGCAAAGUGGGCACCAGCACCAUUCGGCAGCGAUCCGGCGACAUGAUUGUGGUCACCACUGAAUCCGAUCUAACUCCCGAUGGUCUGUCCCCCUACUACUGGCUUCCUGCCACCGUCAUUUCGGUGAUCAUGGCCAUCUAUCAGCUGGUCUACGCCUCAGUAUUUACGGAUGGAUUCGAGGUGACAUGCAAGCAGUACCGCGAGUCCUUGCUGAAGGAGAUCCAGGGGGUGGGAAACAUUGUGCCCGUGCUCAAGUCGCGUCUGUCGUGCGCAGCCAUAUUCGAUUUCAUGGACUUCCUAGUGGAAAGCAUCUCGUAUGAGCGGCGUCGCUAUGGACGCAUCAACACCGCUGCCUGUCUGUACUUCACAUUGAUCUUUUCCUGGCUGGCCCUCUUCGCCUGGCUGUCCAUUUGUGUGAUCAACAUUGUCAACCUGCGACGCACUAGGGCUGCCAGGGUUUGAGGAGAGGAGCACAUCUAAAGAGCUGAUAAGAAGUAUCAACAGCGAUCAACAUGACGCA